AUGGCGUCCGCCUUCUCAAAUAACACACAUGUUUCCCAGCAUCCUUGUCUUCGCGCGAAGCUCUCUCAGCUGCGCUCCAAUGCUACCAGCUGCAAGGACACAAACAGGUUAAUAAAUGACAUUGCUAUGAUAAUUGGCUGUGAGGCUUUGGGUGCCAGUUUGCAGGUCACUCCGAGUGGUAUGGGUACAACACCUCUUGGGUAUGAAUAUUCCGAAGAAACCGUCAUAACUGAAAACAUCGCACUGGUCCCAAUUCUCAGGUCAGGCCUGGGAAUGGUACAAGCAAUCCAAGAUCUCCUCCCCUCACCCGUUGCAGUACACCAUCUGGGACUAUUCCGCGAACCAACCACUCUCCACCCGGUCGAAUACUACAAUAACCUUCCAUUCAAGCCUCUUGCUGAAAACCCACAGAAAAACGCUGCCGCUGUUUCUCUUGCCAUCAUCGUUGAUCCGAUAAUCGCCACAGGGGCCACUUGUGCGGCUGCGAUCCAGACUUUGAAGGAAUGGGGGGUCUCUAAGAUAUUAGUUCUUAGUGUGUUGGCGAGUGAAUGUGGAGCAAAACGGGCAGCGGAGGAAUGGCCGGAAGGGGUGGAUGUUUGGCUGGGCGGUGUCGAUCCGGGAUUGGACGCAAAGGGGAUGAUAAAACCUGGUAUACAAUUUUCACAAUCUCUCCUAUCCAGUAUUCCUGAAUAUCUGAUGCCAAAGUUACGUGAUGAAGCGGACAAUGAAGGCUUUUGUGAUCAGCUUUGCAUACAAAGAAGGAGAUACUCCUCCACAAUCGAGGCGGAUAUGGCUGUAUCAAGCCUUUAUAAGAGUAUACUAUGGACAUCUUACAACUACGCUGGCCGGGAGAGCGGAGGCAAGGAGCUGGACACCGAUACUACUGAGAUAUGA